AUGACUCAAGUCUUCCGUACCUUCACGCUCAACACAGGCGACGAGAUGCCCGCCAUCGGUCUCGGGACAUGGCGAUCUAACCGUUCCCAAGUCUCGAAAGCUGUAGAGACAGCUCUCCGCGCUGGCUACCGUCACAUCGAUACAGCGCUGGCUUACGGCAACGAACGAGAGGUAGGAGCCGGCAUCCGCGCCUCUGAAAUUCCGCGCGAGGAAAUUUGGGUGUCAGGAAAACUCCGAAACAACUGGCACAAGCAUGCCCGUCAAUGUGUCGAUAGGAGUCUACGAAAUCUUGGACUGGACUAUUUUGACAUGUAUCUGAUUCACUGGCCUUGUUCGAGGGAUGCAGCAAAUCCAGCGGUUUGUUACCAGGACUGGGAUUAUGUCGAUACUUGGGUUGAGAUGCAGGAGUUGGUGGACGAGGGCAAGGUUCGCAACAUUGGCGUAUCGAACUUUGGGAUCCAGCACCUGGAAAAGCUCCUGAAUAGUCCCUCUACCGAUAUUGUACCUGCAGUCAACCAGAUCGAGUUACAUCCCUGCAACCCAUCCCCAAAGCUGGUGGCAUAUAACGCUUCUCAAGGCAUCCACACUGAAGCUUAUUCAUGUCUAGGAUCAGCCCAUUCAGUCCUGUAUCGCAACGAGCCAUUACUCAGUAUCGCCGAGGCAAAAAAAAAGACACCACAGCAAGUGUUACUGCAGUGGGGUCUGCAGAAGGGCUGGAGUGUCGUUCCCAAGAGCGUCACGCCCUCGAGAAUUGAGUCUAACUUGGAUUUAGACGGCUGGGAGUUGACCAACAGUGAUAUGGUGGCGUUGGAUGGGAUUAAAGAGCGGUUCAAGGUCGUCAAUGAUGGGUUCUUGCCGAUCAAGGUGUUCUUUGGGGAUGACGAGUAA